AUGCUCUCCCUUUUGCAGCUCUGUGGGCCUGUUAAAAGUUGGAAACGUGUACCAGAUCCCACUACUGGGGCUUUGAAGGGCUUUGGUUUUUGUGAAUUUAGAAAUGUUGAAGGAGUUCUGCGUGCUUUAAGGCUUCUGAGUAAAUUAAGUAUUGAUGGUCAGGAGCUCAUGUUGAAGUUUGAUAAUGCAACUAAAGAGUAUCUCAAGAGUUAUGUUGAGAAGAAAAAAGAGAACUUGAAGAAUACUGAAGCAGAAGAUAGAAACGAUGAAGAAAUGAGGAGCAAAAACAGUGAGAGACCUGAAACAAGUUCACCUGACAGAAGCAGUAGAAGAAGCAGAGAACGUGAGAGAGACCUGAAACGUGAAAAGGUAAGGGAAUUGGAAAGAUAUGAAAGGGAAAGAGAGCAAGAUAGGGCUAAAAGAGAGAGGGAAAGGGAAUACAAAAUGCGUGACGAUGAACGCAGAUACAGAGCACGUUUGAAAGAGUGGGAAAACGGGGAAAAGGAGAAAGAAAGGGCACACAAACAGGAGAGAGAAAGGGAAAAAGAUAGGGAACAAGAUAGGAAAUAUGAGAUUUUGGAUCAAGAAAACGAUGAUGGGUAUAACAAAAAGAGGAAAUAUAGAAGUAGUGGAGAUGAUAGAGAAGAAAGAAAAAGGAGGUUAAGGGAGAAGGAAGAAGACAUGUAUGAUAGAAUUAAAGAGGAGGAAGAGAUUGAUGAGGCUAAAAGGAGAGCCGAAGAGGAAAGGGAACUGCAGAAAGAACAACAAAAAACAUGCUUUAGAGCUUUUAUCUCAUAA